AUGAGCGGCUACAAUCCCUAUGCCUCGGGGCACGGGCACCAAGGUGAUGGCAUGCAGCAGAUGGACAUGUCGGCCAAUGGACAAGUCAUGGCCCCAGGAGCUGCUAUGAACGCCAUGGUUGGACAAUCUCUCGACGACAUCGUCAGCCAAAACGCCAAACUCAUGCGAAGACAAAGUAUGCCUCAAGUAUAUCAUCCAGGCCAACAGCAGCAACAGCAAUCGCAACCAACCCAGCCUAUGGAUACCGACGACCCAAGGCGUAUGUCCAUGAUGGAAUUUACCGGCACAUCCCCGACUGGUCCUCUGGAAUCCUACCAAUUCAAUCUCCCAAAUUCGGACAUGGUCGACGCUACAGCUUAUAUGGCCGCGAGCCAAUCCAACCCCAGUAAUCUGGGCAGACAAUCUUCUGCUGGCGGAGGCGACAUGGCUAUCGACAACGGUUUCGCCUCAACAAGCUCUUUUAUGCCUAUGAUGCCACCAACCUCGUCCUACCAGUCUCCUGCGAAUCUCUCCAAUAUCGACAUGGAUCUGAACAGUCCCUACAUCAACACUCCUAUGCAUAUGUCAUCUCUCGGUUACAACAGUCCGACGAUCGACCGCCCGAUGCCAAUGUAUAACCACCCUUCUUACCACCACGGCAUGAUGGCUUCGCCUAUGCAUACGUCUGUGCCCAACCACAUGUAUACACAAUCUCCAGAAGCGGGCGGCAAUCCCAAUCCUCCUAAAAGACCGUCUCUCGAAAACUCGCAUAGCAGGUCAUCAACAAGCCAAAAUAUGCAAAAUACACAUCAACAGUCACGCCAGCCUACGCCACAGCGACAAAACAGCAGUCGACAACCACAAAAUCAAAGGCAACAUUCGGGUUUUAGAGCGCAACCUCAAAAUCCCCAGCCUGGUUCAACACAAGACGUAGGCAUGGACAGAGGCCGAGGUUCGGAUGCAGGACAUCGUUCACCCGAUCCGUCCAAAUACAAUCCAAACAACCAAGGCUUCAACUGGCCUACACCAGAAGGUUCGUUUACUCGAAGGAAUCCGUGCAUCAUCUUAAGCUCACCCUCAAACANNGGCGGAUGGCCAUCCACAAUGACCGGCAAGCCCCACAUGCAUUCCCAAUAUAAGAAUGCCUACUCUUCAACCGGUUUUGACAUGCUUGGAGUUUUGGUAUGUACCAUGGUCAGGAUAUCACGGGUCAUGAAAGCUGACUCUGGAGCAGNNAUGCGUGUUGCAACUCGACCAAAUCCUGAAAUCAACAUUGGCUCCGUUGACUUAUCAUGCGCUUUUGUGGUAUGCGAUGCAGAGAAGGAUGAUUUCCCUAUCGUGUACUGUUCAGAUAACUUCGAACGACUUACCGGCUACACUCGACAUAUGAUCCUCGGCAGAAAUUGCAGAUUCUUGCAAUCACCAGACGGCAAUGUCGAAGCUGGAGUUCGACGCAAAUAUGUCGACGAUGAUUCGGUGCUUUAUCUCAAAAAUAUGAUCAAUCUUCGAAGAGAAGCUCAAAUCUCACUGAUCAACUAUCGACGAGGAGGCCAACCAUUUAUGAACUUACUGACGAUGAUCCCAAUCUCAUGGGAUACAGAUCAGGUCAAAUUCUUCGUUGGAUUCCAAGUCGAUUUGGUAGAACAACCAAACGCUGUGACCGACCGAAACCCUGAUGGCACUUAUUCGAUCAACUACCAGAGAGGCAUGACGAUGCCACGUUACGUUAUGAAUGCUCCGGAGUCGACUGCCAACAGAUCAGAGCUCGGUCAGACAAUACCAAGAGACGACGUUUCCGCCAUCCUCAGCACGAUCGGAACCGGAGAAUCUGAUUUUGCCAAACGCAUGUGGGACAAGGUACUCCUCGAAAACACAGACGAUGUCAUCCAUGUUCUGUCUCUCAAGGGUCUAUUCCAGUGGAUUUCUCCAUCGGCAUCAAAGGUGCUUGAAUACGAGCCUGGAGAGAUUAUUGGCACAGCACUUUCAUCAAUCUGUCACCCUAGUGAUAUUGUGCCUGUAACAAGAGAUCUCAAAGACACCUCUACUGGAGCAUCCGUGAACGUCGUUUUCCGAAUCCGUAGGAAGCAUAGCGGUUAUAUGUGGUUCGAAGGUCACGGAUCACUUCACACAGAACAAGGCAAAGGCCGCAAAUCGAUCAUCAUGGUUGGAAGAGAGCGCCCAGUCUAUGCUCUCAGCAGAAAUGAGCUGUCAGGAUCCAAUGGAGUCGGCGAAAACGAACUCUGGACCAAGAUGUCGACCUCAGGCAUGUUCCUAUUCGUAUCUUCGAACGUUAGACAACUGCUCGAUCGCCAGCCAGAUGAGCUUGUAGGAGUGAGCAUCCAGUCUUUGAUGAGAGCAGAUUCGAAGGCAGAGUUUGGACGGGUCCUAGAGCACGCUCGAACCGGCAAGAAGGCAUCUGUGAGACACGAGAUGAUCAAUCGUCGUGGACAUGUCCUCCAGGCCUUCACGACAUUGUACCCUGGAGAUGCGUCAGAAGGCCAAAAACCGACGUUCAUCGUUGCUCAAACCCGUCUUAUCAAGCAUCAACGAGGUAAUUCGUCGUCUCGACCAGCGUUGAGUCAACGUGGGUCGGAAUCCGUGAUAUCUGGCAGAUUCACACCUGCAACGCCAAUGCUUGUGGGUGACAACACUCCACAGUCGUUGAUGCAGCUCCAAUCAACAGACGGUGCGGCCCCCACUUACUCAGGUCAAAACGGACUCCAGCUUGGUCGGCAAGAUGGAGCGCUGGCCUCUGAGGAUAAUCUGUUUGAUGAGCUCAAAACAACCAAGUCAUCCUCUUGGCAGUACGAAAUCAGGCAGUUGGAGAAGAAAAAUCGCAUGCUAGCAGAGGAAGUGCAGUCUCUGUUGGCUGCGAAGAAAAAACGAAAGAGGAGAAAGGGCGCUGGUCAGAUGCAGAAGGACUGUGCCAACUGCCACACCAGAGUCACGCCCGAGUGGAGGAGAGGCCCAAGCGGACAACGAGAUCUUUGCAACAGCUGUGGUCUAAGAUGGGCCAAGCUGAACGGCAGAGUAUCACCUCGAACCAAUUCACAGCACUCCGUGCACUCGGCGACAUCUGAGAAGGCUUCGAAGAAGUCCCAGUCGCCGAUGCAUCCGCCUGGCGUUCAUGGAGUCAAGACAGAAUCGACGACGCCACGCCAGCAGUCGCUCGACGCGCUCGCACAGCAUAGUCAGAACAUGAACGCUACUAGCGGAUACGUCAAUGUCUCUUCACCACAACAACACCAUGGACCUACCGGACACUCGGCACAUAUGGAAGGUGCCAGCAGAGUUCCCGAAAAGAUCGAAGAAGAAUGA